AUGCUCGGGACAAAUCGUGAACUGGCGCGGACCACACGCUCUGGGCGUCGCACAACAGGCGGCGUCCGCCCGGGACCUCUGCGGGAAACCCUCCUGGCCCUCCACAGAGACACCGCCCCCAGUUCCUCCCGGCCGCCUCCGAGGGGCGGGGUUUCCGCUUCCGGCGGCGGAUUGUUGACGCCUGCGGUGCUGCGGUGGCGACGGCGCCGUUGGGGAGGGGCCGCUGGGGGAGGGAAAAGCUCAGUGACAGGCAGAGAGUAUGUUAUUCCAUCCUUGGCCCACAGAUUUAUGGCAGAGAUGGUGGAUUUCUUUAUUCUCUUCUUUAUAAAAGCAACCAUUGUCUUAACCAUUAUGCACCUCAGUGGAAUAAAGGAUAUCUCUAAGUUUGCUAUGCAUUAUAUAAUAGAAGAAAUAGAUGAAGAUACGUCAAUGGAAGAUUUGCAGAAAAUGAUGGUUGUGGCACUUAUAUACAGAUUAUUAGUUUGUUUCUAUGAGAUAAUUUGCAUUUGGGGAGCAGGUGGAGCUACCCCUGGGAAGUUCCUGCUAGGACUUCGAGUUGUGACAUGUGAUACAUCAGUGCUUAUUGCUCCAAGUCGAGUUUUAGUGAUUCCUUCCUCAAAUGUUAGCAUUACAACGUCCACCAUACGAGCUCUGAUCAAGAAUUUUUCUAUUGCCUCUUUUUUCCCUGCUUUCAUCACACUGCUGUUUUUUCAGCAUAAUCGAACAGCCUAUGACAUUGUAGCAGGAACCAUUGUGGUAAAAAGAAAUGGGGUCAGAUGAUGUCCCAGAAAACCCUGAAUUCCACUCUUUGGAAUAAUGACAAGACUAAAUUAUGUGUCAAGGCCAUCAGUAUCCCUGGGUAAAAUUGAUUUAGAAAUUAAAGCAGUCACUUCAGUGUGAUACAGGUGACUGUU